AUGAAGUGGAUCAUACUAUUGGUAUCUGUUUGUACUCUGUUACUUGCUGGUCUCGUAACUAGUGCACUUGGUAACCCUUGUGGCUCAUGUCCACAUGGAGAGUUCUGUUUGACAUCAAUCAUCUCAUCAAGUUGUGAACCUCUAAACUAUCUUGAGGGUAAGGUUGUACUUGACUUUAGUGUAACAACAACAGAUAGAGAUUCAUAUCAGUUCACAGGUAUUGUAAAGAAUCAUCUUCGCAAUGAGCUUGACUUGUUGGCAUUCAAUGUAUACCCUACGGAUGGUGGCAAUCCCAACAAGAUUGACAUUAGCAAUCCUGCCAACUGUACAUACGAUCAAUCCAAUGGUGAAGUAUACAUUCCAAUCAACGGAGGUAUAUUUCACUAUGAAGAAUAUCAAUUCGGAUUCAUUGCCAAUGUCAAUGUUACAUUGGCAUUGAGUGUGUUGGCUGUGAGCUAA